GCGGCGAUAUGUUCGCGAUUCGGGUUUCAUGGUGGCGGCCGGUAGCUUCGCGGAGCAGGACACGAGGGUGCUACUUCGCCUCUAUCACGGCCGCCGCCGCUUCGCGGAACCCCGGUCCUCCUGCGCCAUUCUCCACUGGAUCCGUCAGUCCUACUCCCAAGAGGGUGGGCACCCACAAUGGUAGCUUCCACUGCGAUGAGGCCCUGGGAUGCUUCUUAAUCCGUCUCACCGACAAGUUCUCCGGUGCCGAGAUCGUCCGAACCAGAGAUCCUCAGCUCCUUGAAACCCUAGAUGCAGUGCUAGAUGUUGGCGGUGUGUAUGAUCCUAGCCAAGACCAUUAUGAUCAUCAUCAAAAAGGAUUUGGUGAAAUUUUUGGCCAUGGGUUCAACACCAAGCUUAGUAGUGCUGGGCUUGUCUACAAGCACUAUGGAAAGGAGAUAAUUGCCAAGGAACUUCAGCUUGAUGUGGGACAUGAAAACGUACAACGAUUAUACCUUGCUGUUUACAAAAGCUUUAUUGAGGCAAUUGAUGCUGUUGAUAAUGGGAUCAAUGAAUAUGACACUGAUCAGCCUCCAAAAUAUGUGAACAAUACACAUUUGUCUUCAAGAGUUGGUCGGCUAAAUUUAGACUGGAUGGAUCCUGAUCAAUCUUCUGAUAAGGAAAAUGCAGCUUUUCAGCAGGCAAUGAUGCUUGCUGGUGGAGAAUUCUUGGAUAGUCUAAGGUUUCAUGCUAGAUCAUGGAUACCUGCGAGAUCCAUAGUUGCUGAAUGUAUAGCUUCAAGAGGAAAUGUUGAUCCUAGUGGUGAAAUUAUGGUUUUGGAUAGAUUUUGCCCUUGGAAACAUCAUUUGUUUGAGCUGGAAGAGGAGCUUAAAAUUGAACCUCUUAUUAAAUAUGUUCUUUAUCAGGAUGAAAGAAGUGGAAGUUGGAGAGUGCAAACUGUGGCAGUUGCUCCCUACAAGUUUGAGAGCAGAAAGCAGUUACCACCAGCUUGGAGGGGCUUAAGAGAUCAAGAGCUUUCAGAUAAGUCUGGCAUUCCUGGAUGUGUUUUUGUUCAUAUCAAUGGAUUCAUUGGUGGAAAUCAAACUUACGAUGGAGCCUUGGCUAUGGCAAAGUCUGCUGUGACAAUGUGAUUCUUGUCCCUGAUCUUAUACGACCAACACUCUUAACAGCAUGAUUCUUGUCCCAGAUCUUCUAUUGCUUUAAAAAAAUUCUAGCAAUUUUAAAGAGGCGGGUGCAUCCCACCGAGCAGUAGAACAGUCUUUGUAGACUUAAUUUAUGAGAUGUUUGAGAUCCUUCACAUCUAUUCAUCUCAUCGAGCAGAUAUUUUUCAGAUUGGCCUAGGUAGGCUUGUUGAGACUUACCUUGCUACAAUGCUAUCUUCAAUUUUGAACUUAGAGUAUUGGACUUAGAGUUUGCUUUUUUGUGAGAAUAAAACUUGAUCCAUAAGGUUUACUGUUCAAUUAUCAUUGAUGGAUAUGCGAACAAGAUUUCAUUGGGAAACGUUUGACAAUUGUGAAAACAAUUCUCUGCCUAUCCGUGCA